AUGGAUCGAGUAUACAGUGUCUGGAAACAGACUCGUCGACAAAACAACACCGGCGAGUUUCUCUGGCCUGCACUGAGUGUCAGAAAAGAAAGUCCAAGUGUAGUGCUCUGGUACGACCCCAUGCACGAAAUGUACAACGGAAGCUCGCCAGUGCCGAAAAGAAAAUCAAUGCGUCAAAAACAAGGCCGUCGCAAAUCCAUUUUGAUGAAAAAGGCACGCGAAUAUAGUAAGUUAUGUGAGGCAGACGUCUGCGUGGGUAUUCGCCUUCGGGAAACGGGCCAAGUGUUUAUCCUGUCGGCGGAUGUUUCAGGGUUUUGGGGAUUUCUUGGGUCACAACUAGUAUGCAGCCAGAGCUCAUAUUAUCCGACCCCAUUUUUAAUUACAGAUCAAGACCUGGAGAAGGCAAAUCCUCUAGCUUGA